AUGUCACAGUCUUCAUUUUCUCCGCAAUAUUAUGAAAAAUUAUCAAACCAUAUUAAAAGAAGAACCGAAGCUUAUAAAGAUAAGUUUAUGGAAGAAGUAAGGGAAAAAUAUGACCUUAUUCCUAAAUCAACACCGAAUAACUGCAUUGUGGAUGAGAUUAAAUUGGAUGAAAAGUAUGUGAUCAAAAGUAAAGAAUAUUUAAUGGAUAGGUUGAAAAUAUACGAAGAUGUUAUUGAUGAAAAAUGGCAACAUCUUGAUAAUAAUGGAUUAUCUGGAGAAUGGAUUAAAAUUAAAAAUAGGAAGGACACAGGAAGAGUAGUGCUUUAUAUGUUUGGUGGAGGAUAUUGUGUGGGAUCAUCUAAAGCAUCUCGCAAUUUUACUUGUAAGAUUGCUCAAAAUGCAAAAUGUUCAGUUUUUGCAAUUAAUUAUCGUCUUGCUCCAGAACAUCAAUUUCCUAUUGCACUUUGUGACGCUUUAGCAGCAUAUUUUUAUCUUACUGAUCCUCCUCUUGAAACUGGACUUAAACCAAUUGAUCCUAAACAAAUUAUAUUUGCUGGAGCUAGUGCUGGUGGUGGUUUAGCUGUUGCCACUGCUUUAUUAAUUCGUGAUAUUGGUUUACCAUCACCAUCAGGACUUGUUUUAUGGUCACCAUGGGUAGAUUUAACAAGUAGCAUGCCAUCAUAUUGGGAACCUGAAAUGGACAAAACUGACUACACAAUUGGUGCGCUAAAUACUCGUAGACUUGAUCCAACAUCCACCAUGUCAAUUGAAUAUCAUGAACGUGCUAAAAUUCUUUCAGAAAAAAUUAAACAAAAAAAACCAAAAGUAGUCGGUCAUCCUUCUUUUAUUAAAGUUCCAAGAUUUAGGUUUUAUUGUGCAAAUGAAGCUUUGGCUAUUCCAUAUGUAAGCCCAAUGUUAGCUGAAAGUUUGGGAAAUCUACCUCCUAUUUUAUGUCAAGUAGGUGGUGGGGAAAGAUUUCGAGAUUCAAAUAUUUUAUUCAGUUUCAGAGCUUCUGAUCCGAAUAAAUUUCAAUUACCUAAAUAUGCUACAAUGAAUUUUGCGAAUUCACCAUUUAAGAAGCCAACUGAAGUUACACUUGAAGUUUAUGAUGGAGCAUGUCAUUGUUUUCAAGCAGCAAUUUCUGGUGAAAAAAUUUCACAGUUUUCAAUAAAUCGAUCUUGCGAUUUUAUUAAGAAUCACAUACUUAAUCCAGAUGAGGUAGAAAAUAAAUCUUUUCAAAGUAUUCAAAAAGAUAUUAAUGCAGUGGUGAUUAAUCCUAAUUGUGAGAUUAGAGAGUUGGAUGAAAAAUUUAAAGAAUGUUUAAAUUGGGAAAAUAUUGGUGUUGUCCCUGAGUUAGAAGUUGUUAUGUAA